AUGGACAACCGAUUGCUGGAGCGUUCAAAGCCUUGCACGGCUGCACCUGAGAUCAAUGCAGAUCUCUUGAACAAUACUGAAGUCCUCACGACGGAGGAAAAGGGUGCUCUGGAAACUUACAAUGCAGGGAUCGUCGCACGGGCCCGGCUGCAGAAACCAAGCCCACCGGCUCAGCCUGGCGAUGUCCCAGAAUUUCGUGCGGACGAUUCGUUAUUGUUCGAAGCUGAGCCCACACAUUCAGAAGAUCGACCGCAGCUGUGCUCAAACAUUCACAUGUACGCCUUUGGCCUCGAGCCUUAUCAAAAGAGAACACCAAGAUUUCAGGAGAACGUGAUCACCGAGCAUCCCGGAAAUGCCGCAUGGAUCGCUGCCGAAUCCUUCCAUCUCCGUGACGGAACCACAGACCUUCCGGAGCUUGUGCAACACAAGUGCAAGCUGGCCCGUCUCAGACCUUGCAAGUGGAGGUUUUGCACGGAAGAGUGGAAACGCCUCGACCGCGUCAUUCCCAAGUGCGACCGGUGGCCCAGCUUCCGUGACUGGGUUCUCGUUGCAGCAUCUUGCCCGUUUGGUGCGGAGAAAGCUGGUUUCCAAUGGCUCGCCAACUUUUCAGCUUCGUCCUUCCAGCAUCUUGUUGAGGAAAAGUGUCGGAGAAGUUUUACGGGCGACUCGGACAUUCUAUUUCAGACAUGCGAAGUCAUCUACUUCUGGGGCGUUCACAUUGAAGGCAGAAGAUAUUUCCGUUCCAAGGAAGAUCCGUACGUCAACUCCGGCUACGGCGGCUGGGUGGACUCUCGGAUCCCAAAGAGAGUUACCGUGCCGGCCGUAAAGGCAGCGGUGCAAAAGGCGAGACAGCUGAGCGUGUGUCAAAAGCGCCUGUGGAGCCUCGCACCCAGCGCUGAAAGAGGAGAAGAAGAGUUCCCAGCCCUCAUUGAGGUGGUUGAGAGGAGCCCAGUCCCGGCGCAAUUCUCCCAGGAAGGCCACAGUCAGUGCACGAGCGACUAUUGCCAGCUUGCCGACGAGAACACUACACUCAAGAAGCAGCUACACAAGUGUACAGAAAGCGAACGUUGCCAGCUAGUGCCGUUCCCUCUUCAUGAGCUCAACAAUGCAGCCAUGAAUGACAUGUCAACGGCAUGGAGGAUCGAGGCAUCUCGCACCGGAAAGUCAGCAAAGGCAGCUUCAACCGCAGCGGAACAGGAAGUGAAACAGAUCUCGCUUUCGCCAUCCCCCGAGAAAUACAUCGCCAUCUCCCACGUGUGGUCCGAUGGCACUGGAGUUGGCGUGCAACAGGUCGGUAAAGUCAACAGGUGUUUGCUUUCCUACUUCAUUCACCUUGCCGAAGAAUUGGACUGCAAUGGCAUCUGGUGGGACACUAUCUGCAUUCCAUCCGAUCGUGAGGCCCGGAGAAGAGCUAUUGGCAGAAUGAAUUCAUAUUACGCCAACGCACAACACACAGUCAUCCACGACGAGUAUCUGCUUCAGAUGGACUGGUCCGAUGAUGGCAGCCCCGCCUUGGCAAUCGUUCUUUCGCCCUGGUUUACCCGCGGCUGGACUGCGCUCGAGCUCUCCAUAUCAACAUCGGUCAAGGUCCUCUUCCGCGACCCACACGAUCAUAACAAGCAGGUGAUCAAAGACCUCGAUCAUGACGUGCUCGCCCACACAACCGGCUUCUCCAGCCGCGGGCACUACGUCGCGUCGGCACUCCUCUGGCGGCUACGCGGACAGAAACCAACGCUAGCUGAUCUACUCAAAAUUCUCAACACGCGCGCUACAUCCUGGCCACGAGACCGCCUCGCUAUAGCCGGACUACUCGCCCGCGCUGAGGAUAUGGACUACAGUGAUUCACAGAAGGAGACGACGCUUAAGGUUGUCAAGAGCUAUGUCGAAAUUCCCCGGUCUUUUCUACUUCACGGCCAUGUGACGCUGGCCGAAGCCGGUGGAUUUUCGUGGUGCCCGUCAAACUUUCUUCACAGCGAGUUGGCCUUGAUAGCGGACCGUGACGAGGAGCUCCUGAGCUUGACCCCAAGUGGCCAGGUCUGCGGAUCCUGGUGGUAUCGCACGCUCACCGUGGAGGACACGGAGUGGCUGCGGCUACACAGCCAUCACCCGUCGGUCGAGCUGCGGAUCCGCGAUGCAUUUCAGUGGUGGGACCACUGCCUAUUGCUGCACCGGUACCUGAAGAACACCUUCACUGUCCCUGCCAUUUUGGUUCUUGUAGCAGAUGUUGGGACAAUCGAGAAAUAUGGAGCAGUCAUGGAUGUAUGGAUCGAAAGCAGUUAUGUCGGAUGUGUCUUCGAUCAUACGCAGGGAAGGGUCCAGCAUGAGGUCGAUGCCAGGAUUGGCACAGACUCCACACAGGUGAUGCCCGCGGCUACGGCACUUGAGCAGUAUUACGGGGCAGAGGCUCGGAUGCCGCGUGAAAUAUUUCUGGGUCGACAAUCAGACUAG